AAAAAGUUAUACCUUUUUACCAUUCACUCUCACUUUUUUGCAUCACUUGUGCUAAUUGACUCCGGCAUCGGCAACAAUUUCCCCGAAGCAGACUAACUUUUUGUACGCCUGUCAUUACUCACUCAAAAUCUCUAGGCACGAAAACAAAACCUCUCACGACUCAAUUGGCUCCUUACUACGCUCAGCAUCAUGGCAGAUCCCAAGAAAUCACCACCUCUAACCAGAGAUUCGGUCAUCGCCGCUCACGCCCUCAUCAAAGAGCAUAUUCACUACACCCCAGUCCUCACGAACACCACCCUCACAGACCUCGCAUCAACACCCCAAGCUCCCGCCGCGCUGGUAGGCACACCAUGGGUCGGCCAGGAACCCGCGAAACCGAUCAUAAGGCUGUGGUUCAAAUGCGAGAAUCUGCAGAAAGUGGGGGCGUUUAAAGUGCGGGGUGCUUUCCAUGCUCUGAAGAGGCUCAUGACGGAGCAGGGGUGGGAGGAAGGUGGUGGGAGGGAGAAGGGGGUUGUUACGCAUAGUUCUGGAAACCACGCACAAGCACUCUCCCUCGCCGCCCGAACGAUGGGCGUACCAGCUCACAUCGUCAUGCCUACAAUCUCUACGCCUUCUAAAAUAGCAGCUACAAAAGGCUACGGCGCCAAUGUCAUCUUCUCGGGCUCCACGUCGGUUAAACGAGAAGCUGUCGUUGAAGAAGUUAUAAAGAAGACUGGUGCGAGACUAGUUCCUCCUUAUGACCACCCGGAUAUUAUGCUUGGCCAGGGAACGCUCGGUAUUGAGCUGCAGGAACAGGUUGAGAGGAUGAUAGCCAGUGGCCAGAGCGAAGGACAAAGUCAACCGAAAUGCAGCUUCAAGCUUGAUGGGCAGGGAAAGGGGAAGAGGAAGGGGCUGAAUGCUAUUAUUGCUCCUUGUGGCGGUGGUGGCAUGCUUUCUGGCGUGGCACUUUCUUGUGAGAACACGGGGAUUUCGGUGUUUGGAGCAGAGCCAGAGUUCGAGGGUGCGGAUGACUGUAAACGCGGUUUCGAGUCCGGGAAACGGGUUGAGAUAGUCAAGACUUUGACGAUUGCAGACGGGUUGAGGACACCGGUGGGUGUUUAUCCUUGGUCUGUUAUUUAUGAGAGGAGACUUGUGAGGCAGAUGUUCAGCGUUUCGGAGGAGAUGAUUAAGAAGGCGUUGAAGUUGGUACUGGAGAGGAUGAAGGUGGUUGUUGAGCCGAGUGCGGUGGUUCCGUUGGCAGUUGCACUUUUUAAUGAGGAUUUUAGGAAGAUGGUGGAGAAGGAGGGAGGUGAGGAUGGUUGGGACUUGGGUAUUGUGUUUAGUGGUGGUAACGUGAGUCUAGAGGCUUUGGGAAAGCUAUUUGAGGUCCCUGCGGAGAAAGCAGGGAGGCAGGAGGGGAAGCUGGGGAAGGAUGGCGAGAAAGUUGCGGAGAAUGUGGCUGGUUGAGGGUUAUGGAGCGAGGAAUGACUUUCUAUGGAAUAUGACGAGGUGAAAUGAUACCAUGGUCUAGAAAGAAAGCGAUGUUUUCAACC